UCUCUCUUCCCCCUUUCUCCAUUGUCAAGGACUCGAGCUCUUCACCAAAACCAACCAAGCUCUCUAGCACGAUCCCCUUCAAUUUGGGACAUCGUUCUCUGGAUGGAAGACCAAAAGACAGACAGGAGAGCUCUUGAUGGUGUGUGCUGAAGCUGCUGAUUAAUGAAUUUUCUCAAAUCUGGUUUGUUCCAAAGCUCUUUUUGUUAUCCCUGAUGGCCUCAAAGACGAGUUUGAAACCUUCUGCAAAGCAAACUAAGGGGAUAAGCACUGUUAAAUCGACUGAUGCUAGUGAUCUUAAAUCCUUACCUUCAGUUGUUUCUGGAGGAGAUGUAUCAAACUCCACACACAGAUUCUUGAAUCAUUCUGCUUUGAUUGAUUCGUCGAAAACCAAAUCCUCGACUUUGAAUCCUAAAGAAUCUACUGAGUCUUGUAAUCAGGAAGUCAAUGAAAAUUCCUUGAACUCUAUAGAUCUUGAGAAGAAAACAUCUGAAUGUGGGAGUGGGAAGGAUAGUUCUGCUUCUGCCAAAGUCAAUGAUGGAACAAACAGUCUUGCCAAGACUAGUGGGAGCGCGAAAGUUAGUGACCGUGUUGAGAUGGUCGAAAGUGGCAAGAGUAGUAUAUGUCGAGGAAGUACGAGUAGCGAUAUCAGUGAUGAAAGCACCUGUAGCAGCUUUAGUAGUAGUAUCAGCAAGCCUCACAAAUCAAAUGACUUGAGAUGGGAGGCUAUCCAAGCUGUACGUGCAAGGGAUGGGAUGUUGGGAUUAGGCCAUUUUAGACUAUUGAAGAGACUAGGUUGUGGCGAUAUCGGAAGUGUCUACCUGUCGGAAUUGAGUGGCACUAAGUGUUAUUUUGCAAUGAAGGUUAUGGAUAAAGGGUCUCUCGCUAGUCGAAAAAAGUUGCUUCGUGCUCAGACCGAAAGAGAAAUAUUGCAGUCUCUUGAUCAUCCAUUCCUUCCUACAUUGUAUACACAUUUUGAGACUGACAAGUUCUCAUGCUUGGUGAUGGAGUUCUGCCCUGGGGGAGACUUACACACUCUAAGGCAGAGACAGCCGGGGAAGUAUUUUCCCGAACAAGCGGUGAAAUUUUACGUAGCGGAGGUCCUCCUAGCACUCGAGUAUCUUCACAUGCUUGGGAUUGUAUAUCGGGACCUUAAGCCCGAGAAUGUUCUCGUGAGGGAAGAUGGACACAUUAUGCUUUCAGACUUCGAUCUUUCCCUAAGAUGUGCUGUUAGUCCAACAUUAGUGAAGGGCUCAUGUUCUGAGUCCGAACCCUUACGAAAGAAUUCAGCUUACUGUGCCCAGCCAGCUUGUAUCGAGCCUUCCUGCAUCCAGCCAUCCUGUGUAGUUCCCACGUCGUGUUUUACUCCCCGACUUUUCUCUAGCAAGUCAAAGAAGGAUAGAAAACCCAAGACUGAAAUAGGAAACCAGGUAACACCAUUGCCAGAGCUGAUUGCAGAGCCGACGGAGGCGAGGUCAAUGUCAUUUGUUGGUACACAUGAGUACUUGGCACCCGAGAUCAUUAAAGGCGAAGGUCACGGAAGUGCUGUUGACUGGUGGACUUUUGGAAUCUUCCUAUACGAACUGUUGUUUGGUAAAACUCCUUUUAAAGGAUCUGGGAAUCGGGCGACGUUGUUCAACGUCGUUGGUCAGCCAUUGCGGUUUCCAGAAUCCCCAGUUGUCAGUUUUGCUGCAAGGGAUCUCAUCAGGGGAUUGCUCGUCAAGGAACCACAGCAUAGGUUAGCUUACAAAAGAGGGGCAACUGAGAUCAAGCAACACCCGUUCUUUGAAGGUGUUAACUGGGCGUUGAUACGAUGUGCUUCGCCACCAGACGUACCGAAGCCUGUUGAGAUCGAGAGGAUACCAUCACCAGCACCUCCAGUCAGUGGAAAAGCAGUGAUGGCUACUAGACCUGCUCCUGAUUCCAAAUUAUCUGAUAAUUAUCUCGAGUUUGAUUUCUUUUAGUAAAAUAUGGUUCACAUCACAGACACAGACACAGACAAGUUCCUCUCGGAAGAUGGGUUCGAAUCAUUCUACCUGUUCAUGAUGAAGUCGAAGAAGUAAAGUUAUUGAUAGAUGGGUUGAUGAAUUGUACUUGUUUUUGCCUGUCAACGAUUUCAAUUUUCACUUUGCAUAAGUUAUUGUAUGUACCUUUUGUCAUCUAAAGCUUCAGUACAGUUCACUGCAAA